AGAGGAAUUGGAACAUCAGCACGCGGAUUCCAGACAAUGAGACCGGCACUGUUGAAUCUAUGUUGGCAGCAAGUCUAAUACACAGCCCGGAACUCUAGAGGAUUCCUAGGACUGGUACAAGUACAAACCGAUCAGCAAACUAUGGUCCAGGAAUUACACUGACUAUUGCGAUACUUCUAUAAAAGCCACCGGCAUCGCCACAAGUUGCGCUUCUAUCAAUAUGAUUGGAUCUUACAGCGCCGCAAAACGCUAAUACUAAACUUUUCGGUAUUGGCUUCUUAAGAUUAGAUGACUAGCAUAGCACUCCUGUGCUACCUCUAGGGGUAUCAUUCUCGUCAGCUGUCCAUAAUUCUUGCAAAGUCAAAACUUACGUGGACAAGUGUGAGACCCGCUCUGUCCUGUUGUAUUGAGACGUUGCACAUUCUGGAACCAAGCUAACUACAGCGAGCCCUGAACAUGUGCCAAUCGCACACUCUCUUACAACUCCUCGGUUGGCGAUCGGGGUGCCAACAAGGUCGGAAAGUCUGCGGGUCACGCGCCGGCCUCUAUUGGUUUGGACAUCAGCACAUCCCUUCUGAUGCGACCUUCACGAGGACGGAUCUGAUGAACACUUAAUGGGGCUUCACAGUAUUCGGCGAUAGACUACAGGAACCAGGACCAUGGGACUUCUUCUAACCUUGAUAACUGUAUUUGAGUGGCAAAAUGCCACCGAUGACCUGGUUUCUGACAUGCACAUUUUCAUGUUAGGAAUGACUUUAGCCUCUGGCAAUGAUGCACCGACUCAAACCGUGCAAACCCGCCUGACGAAUUCUGCCCAUCAUCUGCCAUUGCGACUGGUGAACAUCGCAAAUACUCUUGUCUUUAUAUCCUUCACGUUAUUGCGAUGCUGUGUUUGUUGUUGGGGUAUUAGAAGCUCUCCAGACGAGCGUUGAUGAACCCUGCUGAAACACAAAGGGCUCAGAAGAUUCAUAUCGCAGCAAAGUGACAGGGAUGAUGAAAUUGCACAGGCAAGCGAGUCUCGAGACCGAUGCUGCGUAAGCACAGGAUGCCGCGGAUAUUCCUCCAGGCCAGUAUCAACAGGGGAGUACAGCAAGAAAGGGGAUGGUGCCACAACUGGCCAAGCGAUUGAGGGAAUAUGAUGGUAUUAACUUACAUCGACUUUCGACAACAGCACUGGGGAUUUAGGGGCCGACUCGGAACAUUUGAAAGAUUAAUGUUUUGUGUACCAUAUCGCCUUCAACUAGGGGCACUGAUUUGAAUUCACUUGACGACUGGUGGUUCUUUCCAGUCCGAAUUUCUUUCGCGCUCAGAUACGGGGUACAAGGACAACUUUGCGACUUGAGGAAGUAUUGCGUCAAGUCUCAACGAGCUCACGAUCAGGACUUCAACGAUGCCCGAUCACAUCCAAUAGCUGGGCGGCAAAACAUGUACACCAUCAAAGGUAGAUUUCAGAUUAGGUAGAUUUCAGAUUCUCAAAAAUGACGUACCGAUGAAACCCGCU